GUCUCGCCAAUCUUCGGCUAUUUCCUGUCAUUCAUUUCCCCUUGCUGCUCAUUUCUUUGUGGGUGGCUGAGUUUCUUUGGCUGCAUCAGAAGGAGCUUCUGUGGGCAUCAUUCUGGUUUCUCUACUAGUAGAUUGAUGCAGCAAGCCAUCAGACUAACCGAUUCACCGCGCUCACCACCGUCCACGCCUGCUUCUUCGAUGCCAAAACCCGCGUAUGAGUCUCCCAUUGGACCUGGGAUGGCUGGUCCCGGAGAGCCGUUCUGGAUGGAGAAGAUGAGGCAUCAAGGUACCUCUCCGUUCAACCCAAAUCCAGAAGCAUACCAGGUGUUCCGGAACGUCAAGGAAUUUGGUGCGAUAGGAGACGGAAUUGCAGACGAUACAGAGGCGAUCAACGCAGCGAUGUCUUCUGGCGGCCGAUGCGGUGGAGGCAACUGGGAAUCCUCUACAGUCGUUCCGGCCAUUGUAUACUUUCCUCAAGGUACGUACAAGGUGUCGGGCCCCAUCAUAGCCUACUACUACACCCAGAUCAUCGGGGAUGCCCGGGUACCUCCUACACUCCUCGCAGCAUCCAACUUCAGCGGCAUGGCGGUCAUUGACGCGGAUCCCUAUAUUCCCGGAGGUGGCGGCGCGCAGUGGUACAUCAACCAGAACAACUUUUUUCGCAGCGUUCGCAAUUUCGUGAUCGACCUGAGACGUGUUCCGGACCAUGUAUCCGCGACCGGUAUUCACUGGCAGGUAUCGCAAGCGACGUCACUCAUGAAUAUCCUCUUCUCCAUGAGCGAACGUAGAGGCAAUGCUCAUCAAGGGAUCUGGAUGGAGAAUGGUAGCGGCGGAUACAUGGGAGAUCUUGUCUUCCAAGGAGGCAAGUUCGGCAUGUGGGUGGGAAAUCAGCAGUUCACUGUGCGCAACAUCACUAUCAACAACGCUGAGACAGCUGUCUAUGGAAUCUGGAAUUGGGGUUGGACCUUCCAGGGCGUCAACAUCAACAACUGCCAAGUCGGCUUCGACCUGAAGACUGGUGGUAAGACGAAGGAUGAUCAGUCUGUUGGGGGAGAGGCCAUCAUCGAUGCAGUCGUGACGAAUACACCCAUCUUCGUCCGCUCUUCCAUCUCGACUAUGUCUCUCGCUGGCUCGCUCGUGCUGAACAACAUCCAGCUUACGGAUGUCCCGGUGGCGGUGGGUGUCCUCGGGGGAGAAGUGGUGCUGCCCGGAGGCACGAUGACCGUCGACCACUGGGUACAGGGUAACGUGUACUCGGGCACCAACCAUCAACACUCGUUUGUCAAGGGACACCUUCCCGCACCGGUGAAGACGAGGAGCUUUCUGGAUGAAACAGGAAGGGUAUUCGGAAGAAUGCACCCUCAAUACGAAGAUUACGCCGUUGAUCAAUUUGUCAGCGUGAAGAGCCUGGGUGCGAAGGGUGACGGCCGGUCUGACGACACCGCUAUCUUGCAGAGUAUCUUCGAUCAAUACUCCGGGAAGAAAAUUAUCUUCUUCGAUGCAGGGACAUAUUACAUCACAGACACGCUCGCCAUCCCGGCGGGCACGCAAAUGGUCGGCGAAGUGUGGAGCGUCAUUAUGGGCGGCGGGUCUGCCUUUGGAGACCAGCGUAAUCCCAAGGUCAUGGUGCGCGUCGGUGAGCCUGGUUCUCGAGGCAUCUUGGAGAUCUCAGAUAUCCUUUUCGCCACGCGCGGACCUACCCCUGGCGCGAUCGUUGUUGAGUGGAACGUGUACUCAGACAUACAAGGAGGCGCUGGGAUGUGGGAUAGUCAUAUCAGGCUUGCAGGAGCCGCUGGGACGAACCUGGAGCUCGCUCAAUGUCCGACUACACCGAAGUCCAGUGACUGCUUUGCCGCAUUCUUGUCUCUGCAUCUGACCCCAACCUCGAAUGCCUACCUCGAGAGUACAUGGGUAUGGCUGGCAGACCACGACUUGGACGGAGAUGGCCGCUCGCAAAUCACCGUAUAUAGCGGCCGCGGCAUUUUAUCAGAGUCUGCUGGACCAGUCUGGAUGAUUGGGACCGGAUCGGAGCACCAUACGCUUUAUCAAUAUAACCUCGUCAAUGCGAGAGACCAUUAUAUGGGGCUCAUUCAAACAGAAUCCCCGUACUACCAGCCGACUCCUGUACCUCCAGCGCCGUUCACAAUUGAGGAGAAGUAUCACGACCCAACUUUCCCGGCCGGACAGCCCUCAGCAUGGGCCGUCAAUGUACAGUCUUCUUCCAAUAUUUUCGUUUUCGGGGCUGGCCUUUAUAGUUUCUUCCACAACUAUGACCAAGCCUGCCUGAAGGAUUCCUCAUGCCAAAGCCAUGUUUUAAAUAUUGAUUCAAUCUCAUCUAUCAGCAUUUAUGGCCUUUCCACGGUCGGUACGACAUACAUGCUGAGCGUCGACCAUAGUGGAGUCAUCCCAGCAGUCGUUAAUAUGAAUGGGUUCCAGUCGACGGCUACCGCUUGGACAAGGUGACGUGCGACCUACUUACGAGCUACGCAGUGCAUACAGUACAUGUUCAUAAUGGAAUUUGAUUUGCUG